AAUUAAUUAAAAUGUCUGCUGUGGGUAUUCGUGGUGAAAGAGAUCAAGGUUAAGAUGUACGUACAAGUAAUGUAACUGCUGUCAUGGCUAUUGCUAAUGUUGUCAAAACAAGUCUUGGACCACAAGGUUUAGAUAAAAUGCUUGUUGAUGAAAUUGGAGAUGUUGUGAUAACAAAUGAUGGGGCAACAAUUCUAAAACAAUUAGAAGUUGAACAUCCAGCUGCCAAAGUUAUAGUAGAGUUGAGUUAAUUAUAAGACAAAGAGGUAGGAGAUGGCACUACAUCAGUUGUUGUUUUAGCAGCUGAAUUACUUCGCCGCGCUAAUGAAUUAAUUAAAAUUAAAGUUCAUCCUACCACAAUAAUAUCUGGAUAUAAAUUAGCAGCCAGAUAAGCAGUAAAAUAUAUUCAAUCACAUUUGGUACAUAAAAUCACCGAAGAUGAUACUGAAAUUUUAAUUAAUGCUGCCAAAACAUCAAUGAAUAGUAAAGUUAUUGGUCCAGAAAGUCACAUCUUUGCUAAAUUAGCAGUUGAAGCAGUUAGAUUAAUUAAGACUUAAGGUUUAGUAUCUGGUAAAGCUAAAUAUCCAAUUUAAUCAAUCAAUGUUGUUAAAAGUCAUGGUUAAUCAUCUAAUUAAUCGGAAUUAGUAAAGGGAUAUGUUAUAUAAUUAUAAAGAGCAUCAUAAUAAAUGGUAACAAAAGUAAAGGGUGCAAAAAUAGCCUGUUUGGAUAUAAAUUUGAAUAAAUUUAAAAUGUAAAUGGGAGUAUAAAUAUUGGUGGAUGAUCCAAAUAAUUUAGAAAAAAUAAGAAAGAAGGAAAUGGAUGUAUUAAAAGAGAGAAUUUAAUUAUUAUUAUCCGCAGGAGCAAAUGUAAUAUUGACUUCAAAGGGAAUGGAUGAUUUAGCUAAUAAAUAUUUAGUAGAAGCAGGUGCAAUAGGUUUGAGAAGAGUUCCAAAGGAGCAUUUAAGAAGAAUUGCAAAAGCAUCAGGUGCUAAAGUAGUGACAACUUUUGCAAAUGAAGAAACUGGAGAAUCAUUUGAUGUAAGUUGUUUAGGAGAGGCUGAAGUAAUAAUAUAUAUAUUAAUUAUAGGAAGUUUAUGAAGAAGCAAUAGGAGAUAAUGAUUAUAUUUUCUUUAAAGGAAUGAAGAAAGAAUAAUCAGCAAGUAUAAUAGUAAGAGGAGCUAAUGAAUUGAUGACAGAUGAAAUAGAAAGAUCAUUACAUGAUUCUUUAUGUGUAGUAAAGAGAACUUUAGAAUCAGGAUCAGUUGUUGCUGGAGGUGGAGCAGUUGAAAUGGCUUUAAGCAUUCAUUUAGAUGAUUAUUCAAGAAAACUUGACUCAAAUGAAUAAAUAGCUAUAGCAGAAUUUGCAGAAGCUUUGACUUCAAUUCCAAAGAUCUUAGCUACUAAUGCAGCUAAAGAUUCUAUUGAUUUAAUUAGUAAAUUGAGAGUUCUUCAUAGUAAAUCAUAAUAAUUGGAAGUUGAUGAAAAAGGAUAUAAAUUUAGUGGAUUAGAUUUAAUUAAAGGUGAAGUCAGACAUAAUCUUAGACAUGGUGUUCUUGAACCAACAGUUAGUAAAAUAAAAGCUUUAAAGUAAAAUUACAAAAUGAAUAUCAAUAGAUUUGCAACAGAAGCUGCUAUUACAAUUUUGAGAAUUGACGAUAUGAUUAAGUUGGAACCUAAAAAAGAGUAAAUGCCAGGAAGACAUUGAGUUCUGAGAGUGAUAUAUAAUAUACAAUAAGAAAUAGAGAUAAG